CAUUCUCACAAUACAAAAAUAUUUUAAAAAAGAUCAGACAGAGUUGAGAAACACAAGAGUAUGAAGACAGAGACUCAAAACCUCCUAUGUCUUAUACUAGUGACCUCUCUGUUCAUCAAUGGCGCUUCAUCAUCAAGAAAACCUCCAGAUCCGUGUAACAGAGUCUGCGGAGGACUAUCAAUUCCAUUUCCGUUCGGUGUAGGGAAAGACUGCUAUCUAAACCCGUGGUACGAGGUUGUCUGUAAAAGCAACUCUGCUCCGGUUCUCUCAAGGAUCAACAGAGAAUUGGUGAACAUCUAUCUUCCAGAAAGUAGAGAGUAUUAUUCUAACGGAGUUGUUCACAUCAAGGGUCCUGUAACUUCCUCUGGUUGUUCUACAGGAUCAUCUCAGCCGCUUACCCCGCCGCCUUUAAGUGUCACCGGCCAAGGCAGCCCUUAUUUCUUCACGGAUAAGAACCAACUCGUUGCGGUUGGUUGCAACGCCAAAGCGGUUAUGACGGAUACAAAAUCGCAGAUCAUCGGUUGCAAAUCAACCUGUAAUGAAAGAAAUAGUAGCCAAGAAGUCAGAAACAAGAUUUGCAGUGGUGACAAGUGUUGUCAGACAAGGAUACCAGAAGGGAAGCCGCAAGUUCUGGGAGUUAACUUGGGGAUCACCCAAGGUAACAACAACAACACAACGGAAGGAGGAUGCAAAGUUGCUUUUCUUACAAGCGAGAAGUAUUCUAGCGUGAAUGUUACAGAGCCAGAACAGUUUCAUGGUGAUGGGUACGCGGUGGUAGAGCUAGGAUGGUACUUUGAUACUUCGGAUUCACGUCUUCCAAACCCUGUUGGUUGUCUGAAUGUGUCAGAUCCAUCACAAAAUGGCGGCUACUCGAGCGAAACGAGUUGCAUUUGCUCGUUCGGCUAUUUCACUGGAUUUAGCUAUAGGAGUUGCUAUUGUAACUCUAUGGGUUACGCAGGGAACCCAUUCCUUCCAGGUGGUUGUGUAGAUAUUGAUGAAUGUAAACUAGAAGAAGGACGCAAAAAGUGUAAAGACCAGAGUUGUGUGAACCGGCCCGGUUGGUUUGAAUGUGAGCCCAAGAAACCAGAACAACUCAAGCCAGUGAUUCAAGGUGUUCUUAUAGGUUCGGCACUAUUGAUUUUCGCCAUUGGAAUUUUCGGGUUGUACAAGUAUGUUAAGAAGCGGAGGAGGAUUAACCGAAUGAGGAAGUUCUUCAGACGUAAUGGAGGUAUGCUGCUGAAACAACAGUUAGCUAGAAGAGAAGGCAAUGUAGAGAUGUCAAGGAUAUUUAGCUCGAAUGAGUUGGAGAAAGCUACAGAUAACUUCAACAAGAAUAGGAUUCUUGGGCAAGGAGGUCAGGGGACUGUGUACAAGGGAAUGCUCGUUGACGGUACAAUCGUGGCAGUGAAGAGAUCCAAAGCCAUGGAUGAAGACAAGGUAGAAGAGUUCAUCAAUGAAGUUGUUGUUCUCGCUCAAAUCAACCACAGAAACAUUGUGAAACUCUUGGGAUGUUGUCUUGAGACGGAAGUUCCGGUCUUGGUGUAUGAGUUCUUGCCAAAUGGAGAUUUAUGCAAGCGUCUUCGUGAUGAGUCUGAUGAUUUCAAGAUGACUUGGGAAGUGCGUCUUGAUAUGGCUGUAGAUACUGCAGGAGCUUUGUCAUACUUGCACUCUGCUGCAUCUUUCCCUAUAUAUCAUAGAGAUAUCAAGACUACUAAUAUACUAUUAGAUGAGAAAUACAGAGUUAAGGUGUCGGAUUUUGGAACUUCGAGAUCCGUAACCAUAGAUCAAACUCACUUGACGACUCAGGUUGCAGGUACUUUUGGAUAUGUGGAUCCAGAGUACUUUCAAUCAAGCAAGUUUACAGAGAAAAGUGAUGUUUAUAGCUUCGGAAUCGUCCUUGUGGAGCUUCUGACUGGAGAAAAGCCAUCCACCCGUGUCUGGUCUGAUGACAACAGAGGGUUUGCAGCUCAUUUUGUCCAAGCCGUGAAAGAUAACACGUUUCUUAACAUGGUUGAUGUUCGGAUCAAAGAUGAAAGCAAUCUGGACCAAGUGAUGGUUGUGGCGAAACUAGCUAGAAGAUGUUUAAAACGAAAAGGGAAGAAGAGGCCAAACAUGAAAGAGGCUUGGAUUGAGCUGGAGAGGAUUCGUUCAGCAACUCAUGAAUCAGAGGUUCAUAUUGAGGAAGAUGAUGAGGAAGAGGAUGAAACCAUGCAACUUAACGUUGAAGAGACUUGGGACUUUGAGGUGACUGCUCCAGCUUCCAUGUUUAGUAGUGCAUCUCCAACGUCUGAUGCUGAGCCUCUGGUUCCUCUACGAACAUGGUGAUGAUCGACUUAAAAAACACUACAAACGUAUAAUAAAACCCUCAUGAUGAAAAAAAAUAUUUGAUUUAUGUAAUAACGCACACAUAUUUAUUUUCAUGUUGCAUUAAGCAUUAUGGAGUAUUCACGUUAUCAA